CUUAACACUUUUAUUUAUUUAUUUUUCUUGGUAAGGGACUUCUCAAGACUUAAUUCCAGUUUUUCUUGUUUUGCUCAGCCCUGAGCGCUGACCUCACGACCACAUGUCCUGAAAAGACAACAUGGCCACCGAGGCUGGGGAAAUAGCAGCCCUGGGUCUCCACCUCCGAGCUGUGCUGGAAAAAGGAAAGAAGAGGGAAGAAUCAGACGCUGCAGCGCUUGGAGCAAAGUGCCCUCCUGCCGCCUGGGCGGAGAGCCUGGGGGAUUUGGAGAGAACAAAUAAUUCAGAGGAGGCGAAAGGGGAAGCAGAGGAAGGACCGCAACAGCGCUGGGAAGCCCAGUGGCAUCGUUUCCUGAAGGCAGUGGAGUCCAGGCAAUCGGAAGAGGGAACCUCACCCAUUUAUGGUGCCAGGAAGGCGGCUGAACCCGGUCAGCAGCUUGGAGGGGAGAGACCAGCCCAACAGGUUGCCAACAAUAGCCAGUUGGCCCAAAACAAGGCAGGCUGCAAGAUGCUGAAGGAGGAGCUUCCAGAGGAGGUCGGGGCUCUGGAAGCGCAGCGCCAAUCCUUCAGGCAGUUCCGCUACCAGGAGGCCGAAGGCCCCCGAGAGGCGUGCAGCCAGCUCAGAGAUCUUUGCCACCGGUGGCUGGAGCCUGAGAGGCACACGAAGGAGGAGAUCCUGGAGCUGGUGAUCCUGGAGCAAUUCCUGACCAUCCUGCCCUGUGAAAUCCGGACCCCGGGUUCUAGAAGGUGGGCCGGAGACCUGCUUGCGGGCUGUGUCCCUGGCCGAGGAUUUCCUGCUGAGGCGGCUGGAGGAGGAGGAGGAGACGCCGUUCAAAGAGGAAGCUGAUGAGUUUCCGAACACAGAGACAGCUCUCUCACAGGCUUGGGAAGGGACGCUCUUCGACACGGUCAAACAAGAAGAUGAAGCAGACGCCACUCU